GUAGUACUAGAUUAAAAUAUUUUGAGAAACGUGAAAUUGAAUAAAAAUUCAAAUUUUUAUCUUGUUUGAAUUGUCAUGUAGAUAGCUUUAAAUAGAAGAAAUUCAUGAAAAAAUGGGUAAAAAGCAGACAUCAAAGUCCUCACAGAGCCAAAUAAAGCUUAAAGAUACGCUAUCAAGCAAAGAAAGAAACGAACUCAAGGUUCUAUCAGAUGCAAUCUUAGUGAAAACUCUUGAGCAGCCUUCUGAUGAGUUCCAACAUUUCAUUGAGCUCGAUGGUUUAAUCCAGCGAAUUCGAAAGAUUGAAAGUGGAAUUAAAUCGCCAAUAAAAUCGAAUCGUGACAAUGAAACUAUUGAUGACUUUGUCAGCUGGUGUCAAAAGCAAGGAGCAAAAUUUUCAAAGAUUCAACUUAAGAAAAUCGGCACUGGUUCGGAUUUGGGCCUCGUAGCUAAAGUUACUUUAAAGAAAGAUGAAAAUUUUAUUGAAAUUCCUGACUCAAUGAUUUUUUCAUUCUCAAAAAUUCAAGAAGAUCUUCCAACUCCACUUAAACAAUGUCCUUUGUUUGAUGGAAUGAGUAAUGUUCGUUUAGCAUUUGCUUUGAUGAUUGAGAAGUUGAAGCCAAACAGUAAUUGGAAACCCUAUCUUGAUGUUCUGCCAGACAAGUUCCGCACAGUUCUUUAUUUUACGCCAACUGACAUGAGAGAAUUGCAAGGAACAGUCGCCUUAUCAUCAGCCCUAAAACAAGUGAAAUUCAUCGCUAGUCAAUAUGCAUUUCUCUAUAAAUUUUUGCUCACGACACAAUCAUCAGCAGAUUGCCCGAUGGUUGAUGAACUUUUAAUAAGCUUCACGUAUGAUUUUUACUGCUGGGCAGUGAGUUGUGUAAUGACGAGGCAAAAUUUAGUUCCACAAGGAGAAAGUAAAGAACUUGAAGCAGUUCUUAUUGGAUUGUGGGACAUGGCAAAUCAUAGCAACGGAACAAUCAACACUUGUUACAAUGAAGUGACGAACAAUAUUGAAAGUUUCUGUCUUAAAAAUUUUGAAAGCGGUGACCAAGUGACAAUGGCUUACGGUGACCGAUCCAAUGAAGACUUUUUCAUUCACAAUGGGUUUGUUUUUCCUGAAAAUACAAAUAAAAGUUACAACAUCAAAUUGAGUUUAAGUAAAUCUGAUCAACUCUUAGAUGAGCGCACAAAAUUGUUCACAAAGAUUGAAGUGAAAACAUCAGGAAACUUUCAAGUCUCUCCUGAGUUCUCAAAUGAUUUAAUUGCUUUUGUGAGGAUUUUCAACAUGACUAAAGAUCAAUUGAUAUACUGGAACAUUGCUGACAACGCCAAAGAUUUGCUUAAUUCUGACAUCAAGUUGGAUGAAGAGUUAGAAGGAAAAGUUCGCAUGUUUUUAUUGAUGCGUGCAAAGAUUCUUUUAAGAGCUUUUCCAACUACUCUCGACGAUGAUGAAUCGUUACUAGCUACACAACUCCAAAGAACUAAAACAAUGCUCGUUCAAUAUAGAGUUCUUGAGAAGAAAUCGCUACUCGAAAUCAUUGCAAGAAUCGAAAAUAUCAUAAAAAGCGACAACACACAAAAUUAA